GCAAUUGGUGGCUUUGAAGGCACUGCGGGCGGGAACAGCUGCUGAGAAGUGACAUGGCUGGAGAUAUGAGCCGUGCCGAAGAGAUGGAUGAGACUGUUGCCGAGUUUAUUAAGAGGAUCUUCUUGAAAAUUCCAAUGACUAACAUAAUGACAAUCCUAAAAGCCUGGGACUUUUUGUCUGAAAGUCAACUGCAGACUGUAAACUUCCGGCAGAGAAAGGAGCCUCUUGUUCAGGAAUUGGUUCUGCUCUGUGAGGAGAAGUGUGCAAGUCUCAAUGACGCGGCCCUUUUAGACAUCAUUUAUAUUCAGGUUCAUCGGCACCAGAAACUUUGGGAUGUUUUUAAGAUGAAUAAAGGACCAGGUGAAGACGUUGACCUUUUUGAUAUAGAACAGUUCAAAAGUUCAUUUACAAAAAUUCUUCAGAGAGCAUUAAAAAAUGUGACGGUCAGCUUCAGAGACGCUGAGGAGAAUGCAGUUUGGAUUCGAAUUGCCUGGGGAACACAUCACACAAAACCAAACCAGUAUAAAGCUACUUAUGUGGUAUAUUAUCCCCAGACUCCAUAUGUGUUCAUGUCUCUGUCCAGGCUGAAGAGGAAUAUACCCCUCCUGGAUCAGGCACUGAUGAUUGCUAGCAAACACCAUCAGAUUGUGAAAAUCGACCUCAGGAGCCGAUAUCUGGACUCUCUUAAGGCUAUUGUUUUUAAACAGUAUAAUCAGUUCUUUGAAACUCACAAUUCUACUGCACCUCUACAGGAAACAAGCCUGUGGCUGGAUACAAAUAUGGAUUUAAGAGUCAUUCAUGAAAACAAAAUAGAAAAAGAAAGAGUCCAAAGAGUGACGCGAGAAACUUUUGGAGACUGUCCUCAACCAAGACUAGAAUUUGCACAAUACAAGCUUGAGACGAAGUUCAAAAGUAACUUAAAUGGGGGCAUCUUGGCUGAUAGGGAAGAACCCCUUAGGUGCAUGAUAAAGUUCUCUAGUCCACAUCUUCUGGAAGCACUGAAAUCCUUAGCACCAGCCGGUAUUGCAGAUGCUCCACUUUCUCCAUUGCUCACUUGCAUUCCCAACAAGGGAAUGAAUUAUUUUAAAAUUAAAGAUAAAUGAGAUUUAUGUGGUUUUGUGAGCACAGGAGCCCCUUGACUAUGUUGCACAUCCAUUUUAAUUAAUGGCUGACUGGAUCGCUUCUGUCUAUAAACUGCAUUUUAGAAAUUAGUCCUUGGUAUUGAAGUUUUAGAAAUGUUCAUAUAGCUGUUGGGAUUCAUUCUCCCCUUCUCCCCCCAUUAUCGUGAAGAGUAUAGCAAAUGUGGGCAUUUGAGAUGUGAAGGGAUAUACAUAUAUGUGGCUCCAGACUUGACCUUAUGAUGCCUGACUGCUCUGAAAUCAAGCAGGAAUGGCACACUGGUUGAGCCUGUUGGGCAUCGACUCUAGUGUCCUUUUCCCUAUCCGCAGUCUUCGGGAGAUCUGGUUCCAAUUGCUGACUUCCAGAUAUUUUCUCUUAAGCUUUGGAUCACAGAAAGCAGCACCAAGAAACCACACCCAAAUCAAACUUUCUAGGAGAAACAUAAAACUGGUCCAUUCCAAGGGCAGAGCUGGGUCUAUU